UCUGAGGCAAUGAAUGCAAUGAACUAUUCUGUGGUGUCUGAGUUCCUGUUCCUGGGACUCACGAAUUCAUGGGCAAUCCAGCUGCUCCUUCUAAUUUUUGCCACCAUGUUCUACUUUGUAACCAUAAUGGGAAACCUCAUUAUUGUGUUCACUGUAACACUGGAUGCUAACCUGCGCUCCCCCAUGUAUUUCCUCCUGGCUAAUCUCUCCAUCAUUGAUAUGGUAUUUUGCUCAAUUACAGCCCCUAAAAUGAUCUAUGAUAUUUUCAAGAAACACAAAGCCAUCUCCUUUGGGGGCUGUAUAGCUCAGAUCUUCUUCAGUCAUGCUGUUGGGGGCGCGGAGAUGGUGCUGCUCAUCGCCAUGGCCUUUGACAGGUAUGUGGCCAUCUGUAAGCCUCUCCACUACCUGACCAUCAUGAACCCACAGCUGUGUCUCUUUUUUUUAGUCAUUUCCUGGAUCAUCGGCCUUAUCCACUCAGUGGUCCAACUGGUUUUCGUGGUCGAUUUGCCCUUUUGUGGUCCGAACGUAUUGGACAGUUUUUACUGUGACCUUCCCCGGCUCCUCAGACUCGCCUGCGCAGACACCCAAGAACUAGAGCUCGUGGUCACCAUCAAUAGUGGACUGAUUUCUGUGGGCUCCUUCGUUUUAUUGGUUAUUUCCUACAUCUUCAUUCUGUACACUGUUUGGAAACAUUCUUCUGGCGGCUCGGCCAAGGCCCUUUCCACUCUGUCAGCUCAUAUCACUGUAGUGGUCUUAUUUUUUGGGCCAUUGAUGUUCUUCUAUACAUGGCCUUCCCCCACAUCCCAUGUGGAUAAGUAUCUAGCUAUAUUUGAUGCAGUUAUCACCCCUUUUCUGAAUCCAGUCAUCUACACACUCAGGAACAAAGAGAUGAAAGUGGCAAUGAAGAGAUUGUGCAGUUGGCUUGUGCAUUAUAGAAAGAUAUCAUAA